AUGUCUGUCGCUUCAUCAUCGCGUUCUAUAGCAGGCUUCGCUGUCAUCCCUGUUGCUUAUUCUUCGUCAACUCCCCACUACAUCUACGCCCGUGCUCACAGUGGGACGAAGAAAGCGAAUAAGACCCGAUCUGGUGACCAGUAUCCGGACGGUCGUACGCUUUUCUUGGUAAACGUACCACCUGAUGCUACCGAGCGAGAGAUCAUAGUAUUGUUCAAGCACUGUGGAACGAUUGAGCGGGUGUCAUUCCAAGGCGCAGAGAGGGAGCUGAGUCAGGCCGAUGGCGACGAGGAUUCGAGUAGCUCGGACGAUGAGGAGCUCCAUGCGGAUGUCGACGAGGAGCCGCAACCGCGACAGCACAAAAAGCGCAGAGUCAACGAAGAACAACCUCCUGCCGUACAACCUCUACCCUCGACACCCCUCCGGACACUGAAACCCACCGGCCGUUCCGCUCACGUUGUUUUCCUUGAUUCAUCAUCACUCGACCGCGCCCUCUCCCCCUCAUCCUUCUCCAAUACAAAACUCCGGCCAUGGCUGACGUCCGACGAACCGUCCGGUCUCACUCAUUACCUCUCAAAAUAUCAGGCCCAGCGACCUGCCCUCGACAUCGUCAAGGCCCACGCUGAUACCUACAUGGAACGGUUCGAGUAUGACCUGGCUAAGAAAAAGGCAGCGGCGAAAUCCAAGUACCGAAAAGGAGAGGCGAUCGUGGACGAAGACGGAUUCACCCUUGUCACGCGAGGGGGCGCAUAUGGGCAGACGGUUGGUGGAGGUGUGGGUGUGGCCAGCAAGCGAUUCCAAGAGACUGCCUCCGGCGAAGCGGAGGGAAAGAGGGGCCGCGGGAGGAGAAAGAAGGAGAGAAAAGAGAAGGAAGGAUUCUACGCAUUCCAGUUGCACGAGAAGAAGCGGAACGAGCUCUUGGAUCUGAAACGCAACUGGGAAGCAGACAAGGCCAAGAUCGAAGAGCUCAAGGCAUCGCGAAGAUUCAAACCAUACUGA